UGUGCGAAAGUGUGUGUGACCGGACAGAAAUACCGCUCAAAGCAUUUAUGCUCACUCGCCGGUGUUCAGUGCCAUGUUUGAACCGAGAUGGAAGAGAGUAAGAAGAACCACAUGGAGUUAUAUGACAUGGAGCCAGAUGUCUUCAAAGAGAUGAUGUGCUUCAUCUACACAGGUGAAGCCCCCAACCUGGACAAGAUGGCCGAUGACCUGCUGGCUGCAGCUGACAAGUAUGUUCUGGAGAGGCUGAAAGUGAUGUGCGAGGAUGCUCUGUGCACGAGUUUGAGUCUGGAGACGCAGAUACCCUCAUCCUCACCGCCUUGCAGCGCCGACCAGCUGAAGAUGCAGGCCGUGGACUUCAUCAACUGUCACGCAGCUGAUGCAAGGGAAACAUCCAGCUGGAAGUCCAUGAUGAUCUCUCACCCCCAUGUGGUAGCAGAGGCCUUUCACUCAACUCAGGGCCCUCUCUGGGACCCCCAAGAAACGUCUUAAACUGUCCUAGUGGUUGGAAAGACUCACCAUGCCAUGCUGUGUCCUUUUGAACCGGAAACCUCACUCUUAGUCGUCCUCUUUCUCCUACAGCAUCUGCAGACACCCAACACCUAAACCAAGAUCUUGGCUGGAUGUGGGUAAGGAGCUCCUCAACCUGGUGGCCACAAGAUUUACAGGACUGAAGCCACAGAGGAGGUACUGAACAUCUCUGUCGGUGGGGAUCAGGUGAAUUAUAUAAGAUCCAAGCCUGGCAUAUUCAAUAUAUCCUUUAUCUACCAUAUUGGAAGGCCAGAACCAUAAUCUGACAGUCAGUCACGUAAGGAGCUGAUCUUCUUUCUCAAAAGUCAAAGUUAAUGCUGAGUCCUGGCCAAAUAUGACAUCUUGUAUUGUGCUGAGUUUUUUAAACCCAAACUGUGCUGAGAAGGAUCAACAAGCCAGAAAGUGAAAGACUCUCAUUGUUCAGGAUUUAAACCAUGUUUUAACAAAGUACUACUCUUUUUUUAGAGCACUCUGUUUAAAUGAAGGAACAUUUUUGUACUCUCCUUUUUUAACACAAAACAUUCCCUUUGACUGAUCCUAUUAAAUAUGGAUGUUUUUCA